AUGUCGGCUCCUGAACACGGAAUCGCAGCAAAAGCAUUCGAAUUGCUUAUCUCUCUUGAGCUGGUUUCCAUGAACUUGGAAGAUCAUGUGGACCUUCUCGGUUCAACGACAGUUACGAUAGGGAGUUGGAAAAAAGAAGCUGAUUUCUGCUGGGCUCCUGCUUCGAAGGCUACGGCCCUAAGUUUUGUGGUCGAGGUAGGUCUAUCGGAGUCCGCUCGGAACCUACCUCUUGAUGCUCGAGGAUGGUUAGAGACCUGUACCUCAUCAGUGAAACUUGUCGUCACUAUUGGUAUCAAUCGGGCAAAUCCUGAGGUCAUAUUACACCGAUGGGAAUUGUGCCCCGAGAAUAUCGUCUCCUUACAAGAUCUUCCUCUCUCUCAGCCCGUCGCACUACAACCCUUAAAUUAUCUCGGACGAACAACACAACAUUGGUUACCGGAGAAUCCUACGUAG